AAAAUCCUGGAGGAAAUCAAUGGCCGAAAAUUUGCGCCUCCAACAUCCUGCGAGGAAAAAGCAGGGCGAGGAAGAAUAGGACCCGCUACUGCGACAACAAAGGCCGCUGGACGUCCCUGAGGGACGCGAAAGCGCCACAGGUGGCAUAAUUUCGAUUUAAUUGCCGAUGUGACUUCUGCGGGCCUUCCUCUUAUCACUGUUCGGCGGAUCGGCGAGAGCGACCGAGGCCUCGGCGAGCUCCGGCGAAAUAGCGAUAGCUGAACAUUGCGGGAAGGCGGCGUGAGAGCCGAUAGCUGUUAAGGACUCGAGGGACAAACUCGGUGGCAAAUAAUCGGCGGAUUUUUAGAUCCUGCUACGAGAAUCUGGUCCGAGAGAUGUCCAGCAGGAACUCGGAAUUCCGCCUGGAAUUGUACAACUUGACUGAGAUUCGGGAAUGCACCACCAUUCAGCAAUACACUACCCAGGAGCAGGGAAUCCAGACCGACAAGGUCUGGUCGCAAGACUACGCCCUCGAUGAAAUGCGCGCGCGAAAUAGGGAGACCCAGGACCGUGAGGUGCAGACUGACCCGCCGAGCACAAUCGGCACUCAGACCGAUCAUAAGCCCCCUGAAUCAGCAACUAUCGUACCGUUGUCAACUGUAACGAAGCUCGAGCAACCUAAUGAGCACGAUCGCAUCCGGGAUUUGCGCGUGGAUCUAACAUUGGCGCGAUCAGGUCAGGCAUGCCGAGCGAAAUUCUCUUUGCACAGAUCGUCUCCGGGCUCGUCAUCCAUUCGGUCGAGCCUGACUCCCGGACGAUCCACAUCCUCUUUGAGAGAGGAAUCGAGCAGGAGGGCCAUAGCGAGCGGAUGCCAGAGCGCGUCGCCAGGUAGAUCCUUUAGGAGGAAGUUCAAAACUGGCAAAUUCUUUGAAAAUGCGAGCCGACCCGUUGUAUGUUGGAACUGCCGUUCCGCGCAGCAUUACUAUUCCGACUGUCCAUGGCCCCGUGAACGCCAGUAUUGUUACGGAUGCGGCCGAGACGGAGUGACGCUGCGCACGUGUCCCAGCUGUGGAAUCGAAUGGAAGAAUUCGGGGACCUACCACCCAGACAUGGGCCAUCUCGGAACCCGAAAGUUCUCCAAGCAGCUAACAAUCGAUACCUCUUCCGUGUCCUCUCCCGAAUAAAACUCGCCGCGGGAUAAAGCAAUAUCACAUCAUAAGUAGGAAUAAAGGAAUCGACAAGAAGCUGCGUUUAAAUAGAUUGCCCUUUUCCGGCCCCAAAAGGGCGAAAUCCGAUAAUUUAUUUUAAUCUCCGCAAUAUAUUUCUUUUUAGAACUAAAUUUUAACGAAAUACUUAAUUUUUAAUGGAAUAAAAGUUAUAUUUAAGCCGA